ACAAUCAGAGAAGAGACCUUGCCCAAUGACACACACUAUCAGGCUAAAUCAUCCAGCAAAGUCAAAGUCCACUUGGCUAGCAUCACAGAACACAUUAUUGUCAAAAAGAUAUUCUCCACCAGCUGUGAGUCAGUAUCACUAGUUUACUUCAAACGGUCAAAAAGAGGCAGAAAGGACUGUAAACAACUGAUACAGAGGUGACAGGAAGAAGAGCUCAACCACAGAUCAUAAUGGAAACAACAGCCUCCCUGUUCAAGUCAGUAUCUCGGCGGGUAUGGUCACCCCCUCAGCGUCCAUUCAGAGUGUGUUCCUGGGACAGAGAGGUCAAAAAGGGAGUCACUGCUGGAACUUUAGAGGAGCUCAAAGAGAAGGCAGCCCAGGCUCUCUUGAUAUCUACCGUGCUGACUUUGGUGUGUGAAGAGGAUGGGACAGAAGUUGACUCAGAAGAGUUCCUCUUAGCCCUACCAGACAACACUGUUUUUAUGGCCCUGACAGACAGAGAGAUCUGGAGACCUCAUCCUUUACUCCAUAGGGGUGGAAACAAACCCGCUGAGAGUAAACCAAGAACAGGAAAAGACAUUGCUCAAAUCACCUUCGACCUUUACCGUACACACCCCAAAGAUGUAUUCGGCUCACUAAAUGUGAAAGCCACAUUCCAAGGGCUCUACUCUGUCAGUGCAGAUUUUCAAUGCUUGGGGCCAAAGAAAGUCCUGAGGGAGGCUCUCAGACUCAUGUCCAGUCUCCUUCACGCUGCUGGACACUUACUGAUUUCUUCUGCUGCUGUAAUUCGUCGUAUCAUCCACGGGGCGGAUCUUCUUCAAGCCCAGCAGGGCAAACCUAUCGAGUACUGGGAAUAACUACUAGAGUAUUGGGAAUAACCAAAGAUGCAUAUAACUUAAAGGACAUGAAUCCGAGAUCACUAACAAUGUAACUGAGAGAUGUUUUUUUCUAAAAUGUCAUUUUCUAUUAUGCUGAUUUGGCGCUCAAGACAUAUUUUUCAUCAUUACACAUUUUGAAAACAGCUGUGCUGCUUAAUAUUUUUGUGGUAAUUAUGAAUAGAAAGUUUAAAAAAAACAGCAUUUAUUUCUUAGUUAAUACCUAAUGCAUACUUUGCGGCUAAAUAAUGUUAAUGGAGUUUAUUAUAAACUGUAAAGUUAUCAUUUAUACUGGUGGUUUAAUGGAAAAUUGCUCCAGGGAAAUGUUUGUUUCUAUGAAAACUGCUGUUUAGGUUUUUUUUUCUAGUCUAGGACUACCCAGUGUUACUUAUUUUGUGUGUUCAACCUUCUUUAUGAAUGUUUAUUUUACCUUUAAAAUGUAAUAUGUUUACAUGAUAAACUACUGUAUAAUUUUAAUCUUCCUCAUUUUGUAAGUAGCUUAAGAUAAAACCGUCAGCUAAAUGAAUAAAUGUAAAAAUAUAAUGUUAUGUAAAUACAAAAAUGUCAUUAUAUGUUUAGAAAAUAAAAAUUAAAUGUUUUAAGAUCAAUUUAUUAAGUAAAACCAAAUAGGUACAAAAAGCUUCAGCACAAAAAAAGAAAGUCUCUCUAGUCAGCUUACUCAAUGCAUAGACUAAUAAACUCCAUAUUAAUACUACAUAAGAUUUAAUUAGUCUUCAAAUAAUAAUAAUAAAAAAAAAAAAAAAAAAAAAAAAAAAAAUCACAAAUAUGAU